UUUUUUUUAAGUUAGUAGUCGAAGGCACGAAGACCCUUUUACUUCCGCGUACCCUAUCCCCGCGUUCUACGUCUCUCUCUCUCUCUCUCUCUCUCUCAACCCUUGUGCUCUCACAGCUUCCUCCGUUCUCAGAUUUGGUUUUGGCUGGAUCGGAGUGCUCGAAACGCUGAUUUAAGCAGCCGAAUCCUGCCAUUAAGCUCGAUUUUUCCUGGAUCUGCGGUUUUUCCCCAUGAAUCGAAACCCUCGUGUCGAAAUGAUCCCGUUUUAGGUUGUGAGUCGCCGAAUCCUACUGUUUUUCCACUGAUUUGCGACUAGAAACCCUAGCUACUGUCGCGAUUCUUCUGGAUCGAGGGUUUCUGUCCCUGGAUCGAAAUCCUAAUAUUGAAAAGAUCCCAUUUUGGUCUGUAAUGUACUGAUCUUCGGAACCUUGCUCGCAAUCUCUUCCUGAAAAUAGAGAUUUAGAUCUUAAUAUCUUUAUUCUAUCCUAUGAUGAAUCAUCAGUACCUUCCUUUUACCCUAAUAUGGGCUUGUUCAUUCUUGAUCUACUCACUCUCCGGCUCGAACUUCGCCACCGCAGCCGAUUCCACCUCCAAUUCCACCUACGUCCCGAGGGAUAACAUCCUAUUGAAUUGUGGUGCCUCCGGCACUGCAAAUGACACUGAGAAUCGGAUUUGGACCGGCGAUUCCGGAUCGAAGUAUGCCCCUUCCUUGAAUGGCGUCGCCUCCACGCCCGCCUACCAAGACUCCUCUGUGCCCACCGUCCCCUACAUGACGGCCCGCGUCUUCUCUUCACCCUACACCUACUCCUUCCCCCUCGGCCCUGGCCGCAAGUUCGUCCGCCUCUACUUCUACCCUGCGAGCUACUCCAACCGCUCUGCCUCGGACGGCCUCUUCUCCGUCACUGCAGGCCCGAUCACCCUCCUUUCCAACUUUUCUGCGGACCAAACCGCCAAUGCCCUAAACUAUGCCUACCUUAUUCGGGAAUUCUCCGUCAAUGUCACUUCCGACGGCCUCAAUUUGACCUUUACCCCGUCUACCAACCAUAGAAAUUCCUACGCAUUUAUAAAUGGGAUCGAGAUUGUCUCAACCCCUGACAUUUUCUCACAGUCCACCCCGUCCUUUGUGAAUGGCGGGAACCCGACCGUGUUCACGAUCGAGGAGGGCACGGCCUUUCAAACAAUGUACCGGCUGAAUGUAGGGGGCCAGGCCAUCUCCCCUGUUCAGGAUUCUGGAUUGUACCGGUCGUGGGAUGACGAUUCGCCGUACAUUUUCGGGGCUGCGUGGGGGGUGACCUACGGAAAGGACCCGAAUGUCACAAUAACAUACCCCACCAAUUUGCCUCAGUACAUCGCGCCGACGGAUGUAUAUGCUACCGCUAGGUCGAUGGGGCCCGACGCCCACAUCAAUCUCAACUACAAUCUGUCGUGGAUACUUACGGUCGACGCCGGGUUCUACUACCUUGUUAGGCUUCAUUUCUGUGAGAUUCAGUACCCUAUCACCAAAGUGAACCAGAGGGUGUUUGAUAUCUAUCUCAAUAACCAGACUGCCCAAGUAGAAACCGAUGUCAUUGCCUUGAGCCACGGAAUAGGGGUACCAGUUUACGAGGACUUUGUGGUAGUCACAGCUGGGUCUGGAUUGUUUGAUUUGUGGGUCGCCCUUCAUCCCGAUGUUACAACCAAGCCAGAGUACUACGAUGCUAUAUUAAAUGGGCUUGAGGUCUUUAAAAUGCAGAACAGUGGUAAUAGUCUUGCUGGGCUUAAUCCGCCUCUCCGCCAGCAGCCGGACGUGGAUCCUAGCAAGGCUGGGAUCCAAUCUGGGUCAAAAUCAAAAGUUGCAGCGAUUGUUGGAGGAAUUAUCGGUGGCUUUGCUGCUCUUUGUCUUGGCUCUUUCUGUUUGUUCUUUCUAUGCAGGCGGCAGAAGAAGAAAGGAAAGGACAUGGUUGCUAGCGACGGGCCAUCUGGUUGGUUACCACUUUCAUUAUAUGGCAACUCUCACUCUGCAGGGUCUGCCAAGACGAACACUACAGGGAGCUAUGCCUCGUCCCUGCCAUCCAAUCUCUGCCGCCAUUUCUCAUUUGCUGAAAUCCAAGCUGCCACCAACGGUUUUGAUGAGGCUCUUCUUCUGGGUGUUGGCGGGUUUGGAAAGGUUUACCGUGGGGAGGUCGAUAAUGGGUCCACUAAGGUUGCGAUCAAGCGCGGGAACCCGUUAUCCGAGCAAGGUGUCCAUGAGUUCCAAACUGAAAUAGAAAUGCUCUCAAAAUUACGCCACCGCCACUUGGUCUCCUUGAUCGGGUAUUGUGAAGAGAAGAACGAAAUGAUUCUUGUAUACGACUACAUGGCCCAUGGCACGCUGCGCGAGCAUCUUUACAAGACCCAAAAGCCGCCGCUCCCCUGGAAGCAGCGGCUUGAAAUCUGCAUAGGGGCUGCCCGCGGUUUGCACUACCUCCACACAGGCGCGAAGCAUACGAUUAUCCACCGUGAUGUGAAGACGACCAAUAUUCUAUUGGAUGAGAAAUGGGUGGCCAAGGUUUCGGAUUUCGGGCUCUCCAAGACAGGCCCCACUCUCGACCACACCCACGUGAGCACAGUGGUCAAAGGCAGUUUCGGGUAUCUUGAUCCAGAGUACUUCCGGCGCCAGCAACUGACAGAAAAAUCCGAUGUGUACUCUUUUGGUGUUGUGCUCUUUGAAGCUUUAUGCGCACGCCCUGCCCUAAACCCUACUCUUCCAAAAGAGCAAGUCAGCUUAGCCGAAUGGGCAUUACAUUGUCAAAAGAAAGGCAUUCUUGAUCAGAUCAGCGACCCGUAUCUUAAGGGCAAGAUCGCGCCUCAGUGCUUCAAGAAGUUUGCAGAGACGGCGGAGAAGUGCGUGGCUGAUGUUGGCAUUGAAAGGCCGUCGAUGGGUGAUGUGCUGUGGAAUCUCGAAUUCGCCCUUCAGCUACAGGAGAGCGCUGAGGAAAGCGGGAGUUUGAUUGGUGGGAUGUCGGAUGAGGGCACACCACUCAUGAUGGCGUCAGUAAAGAAGGGUUCCGAUGACCCGUUGAUGGAAUCGACCACCACGACCACCACGACCACGACCACCACGUCGGUGAGUAUUGGAGGGCGGAGUGUUGCCAGCGAGGACUCGGACGGGCUCACGCCCAGCGCGGUCUUCUCGCAGAUCAUGAACCCUAAGGGCCGGUGAGGUUUUCGAAGCAACUUUAGCUCCGAAACGGUGAAUAACUUAGAUAUCUCUUUUUCUCCUCGAGUCUCAAAUAUAUAUAUAUAUAUAGUAUGUAUUUGAUAUGUUGCAAUGAGCUUGUUUGUGUUGUAGUCUUAUUGUUUUGAACUGUGGAUUCAAUUUCAGUUUCUGUAAUUUGCUUUGUGCUGUAACUUUUAUUCAACCACGGGUUCCUACUAAAAAUGACUUUUAGGGUUCGUGGUUUCUGUAUCUUGUAUUACUUUUGUAAGAGUGCUCUUUGAAAGUGUUUUGAUGGUCAUGAGAUGAGUGCUUAUAAAUUGAGCAAUUUAUCUGCUA